AUGUGGAUAAGGAAUUCAGAAGACGUUAGCAGCUUCCUUGAGAAAUUAUGGGAAUGUCUGGGUGGUGACGGUAAUGGAGAGAAAGAACAGACGGAUUUCCUUUAUCGGCAUAACGUCACCUUCGACAACGUUACGACGGAAGUGGAAAUAUUAGAUACCUCCAAGUGUGUGAAAAACGGAUGCCUGUAUGAGCACUUACGAUGGGGCGAAGCUUUCGUUGUGGUGUAUUCCGUCACCGACAGGCAAAGUUUUCACGAAGCACAGGAGUUAUUAAGUCAACUUGCCAAAUUGAAACUUCCUUCCUACUACACCAGCUUACUUCUUGGCAAUAAAAGAGAUUUGGAUCACUGCAGGAAAAUCUGCGUGGACGAUGGCCAAGAAGUAUCCCUUCAAUACGGAUGUCAAUUUUACGAAGUUAGUGCCGCAGAAAACUUCGCCGGGGUGUCACUCGCCUUCCAAUCUCUCCUACGGGAAGCACGUUCUGUUCAACUCUUGAAGGCACUUCCUAUCAGGCGAAAACUGGGGGUGAACAGUGUCUCAAAAGUGCUGGGCAACAUCUUUGGGAAAAAUUCUAAAGGAGAUAGGAAGAAACGGCCUUCACUUAGCAUAUAGUUACUAACAUUAUUUGUUGUUAAGUAAACCCUAUGAACAGUUAUUAUUUUAAGCAAUAAGAAAAUGUAUUAUAUUACUGACGAUGUAGAUAAUAUUACACGAAGAAAAGUUCCUUUAGAUAGUCUUAUUUGUGCCAACAUCAAGGAAAUCAAGUCUUUUUUGUCAAAAGCAGAAUUAUUUCGGAUGCCAAAAUUUACGCGGUCAGGGUGGAAAUACAGGUACACCUACCAAGUAGUAUAUACUAAUAAUUCGUUAAUCAGCUUGUAGAUCAGGUUCAGUUAAUGAAAAAAUGUUAACUAUCCAAAUUUGGUUGUACCCGAUCUUAGAGCCUUUUGCGUCUCAUAUUGCCAUUUAAAACCAACAUUUUUUUGGUUACGUGCCAUAUUCAAUUGAAAAAUGGAGAUGAUUGAAUAAUUUAAAAAACAAAACUAUUUUGCAACUGUUAUUUAAGAAAAAACACAAUAAUUAAUUAGAUAAUAACUGCCUUUAGAAUGAGAAACCUUAAAACAUUUUAAUUUUUUUAUUUCUUUAUUCAAACUUUUAGUCAUUUAGUUUAGUAACUCUCCUAUUGUUCCGUCCUGAUAACAGUCCCAUGUACCAAUAUGAAUCCCGUAAACAGAACAAUAACUAUAUAUUACGAUAAAUCAAAAAACAUUUUAAAUAACAUUGUAACAGUUGCCAUUGUUUUGUAUACUACAUUUCGCAUCCUCAACAGGUGAAAACAAGGACAAGAGGUAUAUUAUUACCAAUUACUUCUUGCCUUUCCCCAUAAACUAAUACAGUAACAUACUCCCUUUUGUCCUAUAAUUGAUCCGAAUUGGUGCAAAACCUGUUGUACAAGUCUAUUACAAUAAUUUUUCAUGUUAAAAGAUGCAUAUAUGAAUAAAUGUUGUAAAACUCAUAUUGCGACAAGAAGACUGCAAAUUAGUAUGAUAAUUAACGCAGUGUAUGCAUUUUUGAUUUCCUUUCUUUUUAUAUAAAAUCAAACUUUGUUAACGUGCUUUAAAACUUUAGUGUAAAUAUAUGGUAAAUUUUUUACAUAAUAAAUAUAUGUAUCAUAUGUAAAUACCUG